AUGAAGGUAUCUCCGACAAAAAGGAAAAGCUGCAAGAACUUAAAGACACGAGUUUCAAGGGCCGCUACCCAUACCUACUUCGCGAGAUACCCUUACGUCUGGCACGAUCGUUCCACCCGUCCAAGACUCACAACCACGACUCUCGAAACAAUCGACGAGUCCAGCGAGACCCCUACCCCCGACGAGGUCAAGAAGAUGCUCCGACCAGCCUCCAGGGCCGAGGCCAUUACCGCGGCCCUAUUCGAGCAAGUAUACGCCCCCAACAAGCCUGUAGAGAAGGGGGAAGAGGAGUCACAUCAAUCUCGCUCUCCUCCUUCAACCGAGCUCACGAUGGUCCCCACCACACCCGGCUGCAUAGACUGCACCAUCUCCCCCUCCCCCUCCCCCAGCCAUAGCCCCAAGCACAACAUCGGCUGGACCUCCUUCGAAGACAUCACACUAGACGCCCGCACCCUCGCAGACUACGGUAUCCGCAGCCCCCGCGUCAAAUCACGCCUCUCGCGCUUCCACUACGCCGACCACGAAGAGGAGCCCCUCACCCGCAACGAGCCCUGGAUCAAGAGGUUCUCGUACAUCGAAGACGGGAUCGAGGCCGCGAGGGGGUUCCAGAGACGUGAGGACAUGGUUGUUGAUCUGGGCAACGUCAACGACGAGGAACUUCCUGCCGAGACGGAGAUUGAGGAGUUGGUUCUCCCGCCGCCUAUGUUACCACUGCCCCAGCCACAGGCGCCGUUGGUUACCUCGCGUCUAGAGGAGUUAAGACCGCGGUCUUUGGACUUUAGCGCAGCGAAGGUGGAUGAGAGUAGAAGCGAGAGUGAGAUCACUUCGGAGGAGCAUCUCUGUCCCUUCUGUUCCUCCGUCGUUGGGUCCGAGAGUGAGGAGGACUCGGAGUACAGCCUGGCUGACCAGGAGAUCCGGCGGGAGUUGGAUGCGGUGAAUUGGGAUUUCGAGAAGUGGGCUCUCGGCGAUGGUAAUUCCGACACGGACGGCGAGGAGUCUCCCGCUUCUCCUCCCGCUUCGCCUGCCGCUGCUCCCGCCACUCCUGCCGAGCGGUGCGGGGGCGUAGUCGCCGUAGUAGAGAUGGAGGGAGGAGAAGAGGCGGAGGAGGAGGGGAAGGAGGAAUCGGCCUUCAGUGUGGUUCUGCUGGCGAAUCUCGUGGGAUUCUCCAUUUCCUUCCUGAUCGUGUCCAUCGUGUUCGGACUCCGGUCGGGAUCGCAGUGA